AUCCACACCCUCUCUUCUCUCACCACCUCCUACAUUCUCCAUACGACCAACAUAUACACAACCUCACCAACCUCACCUCCCAACCCGACCUCCAAUACAACACCAACACCACCAACGACAAUAACCACCACAAUGACAACAGAAACCUACACACCCCCACCCCUCCCCCCACCCUUCCACCACACCCCCUCUCACCAAAUGCACCUAAUAACCCAAGGCGCCGAAGCCCACCUAUACAAAACGACCUACCUGAGUCCCUCCACCCCCGCGGCCCUCAAGAUCCGCCCAACAAAGCCCUACCGCCACCCGAUCCUCGACCGGCGAUUGACGCGUGCCCGCGUUCUCCAGGAAGCGCGGUGUCUUGUGCGUCUGGUGCGCGAGGGCGUGAAUGUUCCGGCUGUGUUGGCGGUGGAUUGGGAUAUUAACAAUACCAACAAUAACCAUAGUGGUGCUGGGGGGGAUGUGGGUGAGGGUGUUAGGGGAAAUGGGGCAUGGAUCCUCAUGGAGUGGAUCGAGGGAUGUGUGGUUCGGGUUGUGAUUCAGAGGUGGGAGAGGUAUAUCAAGUCUCGCUCUGCAUCUGGUUCUGGUGUAGGUGUUGGGGCGAAAAGGCAGGUUGAUGGGGAAGUCAAGCUACAGGAUAAUGAGAUUGAGGAAGAGGAGAGGAAAGUCAAGGGGUUGUUGAGACGUGUUGGGGCUGCUGUGGGUGCGUUGCAUAAGGCGGGUGUGGUGCAUGGGGAUUUGACCACGAGUAAUUUGAUCUUGAGGGGUGUUGAUGAGCCCGCGGCUGAGGGUGAUGGGGAAGGGGAAGGAGUGAGUCCUGAUAUGCAGGGUGAGGUGGUGUUGAUUGAUUUUGGUCUGGCGAGUCAGAGUAUUCAGGAUGAGGAUCGCGCGGUCGAUUUGUAUGUCCUGGAGCGCGCGUUUGGGAGUACGCAUCCCCGUACGGAGCCGUUGUUUGGGGAGGUGCUUGAGGGGUAUCGUGCGAGUUAUCGCGGGUCGGGGUCGGUGUUGAAGAGGUUGGAGGAUGUGAGGAUGAGGGGGAGGAAGAGGAGUAUGAUUGGUUAGGUUUAUCAUUCUUGUUCUUUUCUUGCGGGGGUAGAGGGAUGGUGA